AGGAAUCUGAAACUCUGUAACGUUCUAGUAGACUCGAUAGGAUAUCCAAGACUCUCAGAUUUCGGUAGGAAGAAAAGCAUCAUUAAGAGAUCCGACGAUAUUGUUACAUCUCUAGGAGUGCCGAGUAUGGAAUACAUAGCACCAGAAGUUUUCACGUCAGAUGAUAGUAAUUACAUGGUGGAUUUGUGGGCAUUUGCCGUCUGCAUAGUUUACAUGCUAACUGGGCAGGUAUAA